GGGCGCAGUUCUUAUAUUGAUGACAUCGCUCACGGUGCGAAAACAUGCGAUCAGCUUUGUGAAGAUCUGGACACCUUGCUUUAUCGCUUACGUUACUGGAAUAUAUCGGUGAGUUUACCAAACCGCGAGUUUGGAAAACGAUCGAUCCCCUAUCUGUCACAUGAGAUUAAUGCACAAGGUAUCCGAGCGAUCCCAAAAGUUGCAAAAGGUGUUAUGUAUCUACCGUUCCCCAAAUCUCACAAAGGUGUGCUGUCGUUUCUUGGAAGUCUGAACUACUACCAUAAGUUCAUUGAAGACUUUCCGGUAGUGGCAGCAGUCCUUUCAGAAGAGCAGAUACGUCAGGGACGAGACCUCUCGCGAGCUCAUGAGUCAUUCGAACUGCUUAAAAGGAAAAUCGUUGCGACGCCAAUGUUGAGACAUCCGGAUAUCCAAAAGCCAUUUGUGAUCAUUCCACACGCGAACCGUUGGGCUGUUUGUGCAGUUGUAGGACAAGAAUACGAUGGAAAGAUACAACGGUACACGGGACGCGUUUUGAAUGAUGCUGAACUCCGGUAUCACAUUGCCGAGAAGGAGGUUAUUGCUAUCUUGCGGGCGUUACAAGUCUUUAGGACUAUUCUGGAAGGCCGACGACUGAUCAUCUACACAAGAUAUUCUGUUUUGAAAUGGGUCUUACAGUCUAAGUCGGCAGACGGGAGGUACGUUCCUUGGGGAGUCACACUCUCACAUUGGGAUAUCGAAAUCUGGAAAGUCCAAAAGGAUGGGGACGGACUGGUAGCCAUCAUGGGAGUAGGGAUCACGCCACGAGAACAUUUGGAUGAGGUCGUUGAGAAGUUGAUUCCCCUGAAAGGACAUGUUCGAAAGCCCCCAGUAGUGAGUGUGGAGAUGUUAGGAAGUGAUUUCCAAGGAGUCGUACUGAGUUUCGACGGUGCCGCAAAACUCUCCACCAAAAAAGGAAGCUGUGGUUGUGUGCUAUGGCAGCUACCUGGUUGGAAGGUUCUAAAGGCAAAAGGCUUCCUGUUGGAGAACGUCACAGUGAACGACGCCGAGUAUCAUGGGCCUUUCAAAGGACUCGAGCCAUCGAAAUGA